AUGAUCGGGGCUAUGCCAGCAGUAGCCGUUCGGCAUGAGCGGCGCCGGGGGGAGAAGCGAGGCGGGGGGCGGCGCCCCUCGCAGCUUCCUCUGCAGCUGGGCAGGAUGGCAGACCCAUCCAGCCCUGCGUCGGACACCUUCAGCCACAAGUUGUACUUCUGUAGGAAGACCGUUUUCCUUCACGCAGUAGUGGGAUCUCUUCUUCUGGGCAUAGUGAUCUUGGUGGUAGGACUAGUCCAGUUGUCGCCCGGGGCAGAGGCUGCACAGCAUCGGUAUUUCCUUAUGGGAUCGGGUGGCUUACUUUUUGGUGCUGGAUUGUUGGGAGCCAUAUUAAGGUGCGUCUGCACACACUGUCACAACCAGAGAUACGAAGCUGAGUACCAUUCGCCGCGUCGCAUUGAAAUUGGGGAUAACAGAACGUAUCAUGAGAAGCACGGGGGAGUUUGCGUGGUUGAGACUCCGCAAUGCCGACCCAAAUUGAAGACCCAAGCGAGUGUGGGGCAAGUGGAUCUUAUCAAGCAACCCUCAGCCGGCAGCGACACUUAA